UUUCAACAACGGCGCUGUAACACACACCAAACUAAUAGCCAAACCAGACGACGACGACUAAGAACACCAAAAGAGCCAAAUCAAAGUAUGGCCAUUGCCGGUAAGCUUUCUCUGUCCGUCGCGCCCGUAACUCACCGCUCUGUGGCCCCACUCAAUCCCCUCCGAUCGUCCGCAUUCUUUUCUUCGUCGACUCUUCAGUUGAUAUGUAGCCGGUCAAAUUUGACUAUUAAAAGCCCUAAAUUUCGUGUCUCAGCAUCUUCAAUGAAUAUCGAUGCACCGGAGAAAGCUUCGCGAGCCUCUUUCCUUGACCGGAGAGAAAGUGGUUUCCUUCACUUCGUCAAGUACCAUGGCCUCGGCAACGACUUCAUUUUAGUUGAUAAUAGGGACUCUACGGAACCUAGGAUAACUCCGGAGCAAGCGGUGAAACUAUGUGAUAGGAACUUUGGUAUUGGAGCUGAUGGAGUGAUCUUUGCUAUGCCUGGAGUAAAUGGCACUGAUUAUACCAUGAGGAUCUUCAAUUCUGAUGGUAGUGAGCCGGAGAUGUGUGGUAAUGGAGUAAGAUGCUUUGCAAGAUUCAUUGCCGAGCUUGAAAACUUACAAGGGAAGCAGAGUUUUACUGUACACACUGGUGCUGGUCUUAUUGUUCCAGAAAUUCAAGAUGAUGGGAAGGUCAAGGUUGAUAUGGGUGAACCGAUACUUAAAGCUUCAGAUGUACCUACAAGACUCCCUGCAAAUAAAGAUCAAUCAGCAGUUAAGUCAGAACUUGAUGUUGAUGGAGUAAUCUGGAAUGUGACAUGUGUUAGCAUGGGAAAUCCUCACUGUGUAACUUUUGGUACUAAAGGAGGCCAGAAUUUGAAGGUUGAUGAAUUAAAUUUAGCUGAAAUCGGGCCUAAAUUUGAACAUCAUUCUCUGUUCCCGGCUCGAACUAACACAGAAUUUGUGGAAAUUAUUUCACCUUCACGUUUGAAAAUGCGUGUUUGGGAGCGUGGGGCAGGAGCAACAUUGGCUUGUGGGACUGGUGCUUGUGCAGUGGUGGUUGCUGCAGUUCUUGAGGGUCAUGCUGGGAGAAGUUGCAGGGUGGAUCUACCUGGAGGGCCAUUAGAUAUUGAAUGGAGGCAGGAAGACAACCAUGUGUACAUGACAGGCCCAGCUGAAGUAGUGUUUUAUGGGUCAGUGCCCGUGUAAUAUGUCUUCAUGUAAUCAAUUUAUUUUCAUCAUCUAGCAUUUACCCAAAUUUUGUAGUAAUUUAAAAUAGUAAUUCUAUGAACAUCAAUUAACAUUUUUGUGUUCUUUA